AUGGAGGGAUUCAACCAUUCCAGAGUGUCUGAAUUCAUGUUACUUGGACUUACUGAUUCCCCUGAGCUCCAGAUUUUCCUCUUUGUGAUGUUUUCCAUUUUCUAUUUAAUGACCAUGUUGGGCAAUUGCCUGAUUUUGCUCACAGUCAUAUCUACUCCACUCCUCCACUCCCCCAUGUACUUCCUGCUGAGCAACUUGUCACUUAUUGAUAUGUGCCUGUCCUCCUCUGCCACUCCAAAGAUGAUCAUGGACUUCUUCGCUCAACAAAAGACCAUCUCCUUUGAAGGCUGCAUUUCACAGAUCUUCUUUUUGCACCUCUUCACUGGAACUGAGAUUGUGCUGCUUAUCUCCAUGUCUUUUGACAGGUAUACUGCCAUAUGCAAACCUCUUCAUUAUUCAACAAUUAUAAGCCAAAGAGUGUGUGUUGGGCUUGUAGUGACUUCUUGGACAGUGGGAUUCCUGCAUACAAUAAGCCAGUUAGCUUUUAUCCUUUACUUGCCCUUCUGUGGCCCCAAUGUUGUAGACAGUUUCUUCUGUGACUUUCCUUUGGUCAUCCAGCUAGCUUGUAUAGAUAUUUAUGUUCUUGGGAUCUUCAUGAUUUCUACUAGUGGUGUGAUUGCUCUUAUAAGUUUUCUGCUUUUGCUCACUUCCUACGUCAUUGUUCUUGUCAUUAUCAACAGCCACUCCUCCAAAGGAUCAUCCAAGGCUCUCUCUACCUGCACUGCACACUUCAUAGUUUUAUUUAUGUUCUUUGGGCCUUGCAUCUCCAUCUACAUGUGGCCUUUCACAAACUUCCUGGUGGUCAAAGUUCUCUCUGUUUUCUGUACCAUUUUCACCCCCUUUCUGAAUCCACUUAUCUAUACUUUUCGAAGUCAGGAAGUGAAGACAGCUAUGAAGAAGAAACUAAGUAAUCAGUAUUUCAGUGUUGGGAAAAGUAUACCACUUUAUCCAGUGCGAUGA